CCUUCUUUUUUUCCACACAAGGAUACUUAGCCUAACCAUUGGUGAUUCAAUUAAUUUCGUGAAGCCACUGGUGUUGCAAGGGAGGAAUCGUAAAAGUUUUAUUGCGCAACUAAUGAGUUUUGCAGCCAUAAAUUCAUUUGGUCAGCGCCUCUGUGUUCAGCACCAAUAGACCUUGCCGUUGGGGGGUUUUCUGUGCACUCCUAUAGCCUCUUAUCCCCUUUGUGGUUGUAAAAAAAAAACCCUGACCUUUUGUGUACAUCGCUCUCCUGCACUCUGAAGCUUUACUUUCUAAUUGGGCCUCGCUGCAGUCAGUGGAGAAAGAGUGCUGGGAUUUUUUCCAGCGCGUUGCUUUCGAUGUCGAAUCAAUAAGCAACUAUUGACAGUUGCAUAUCGGUCAGGUGGAUUUACAUCGCACUGAUGAUUUUAUUUUAUUUUCAGAUGGAUUGAAUGUAAUUUAGAGCCUAUAGUAAAACAAAAAUCAGUCACAAAAUUCAUUUUAAUGUCAUUUUAUUCGCAUGGUUUAUUUAUUUAUUUAUUUAUUUUUUAUCAACUCGUGCGUUGUCUUUACCAGACCCAGAAGAGCGAUGGCUCUAUAUAAACAUGCAAUCCACUUCAGGGAAACCGGGAAAGAAGUUCUUCGGUUACAUGAAACAGAGAAGCAGGAUGGAGAUAUUUUGCCACUUCAUCCACUUCAUGUAAUGGACCCGAGCUGUAAAGUACAUUAGUUAUCUGCAACGUGCCACGCCUAUACCGCGCAAGCGUAUCAAUAUUUCAAAUGGAAUUCAUGUGAGCUCUUUUGGAUAGUCCACAGGUAUAUAUUUUUUUAGUCUAAAAUGCAAAUGAUGUGGCUGCAAAUUAAUCAGUAAUCAGCUUGUUUUCAGCAAAUUCAAUAUAUCAAUAUCUGCCCAUUUAGAAACUCACUAAACAUGCACCUACAUAAAAUACUGAUUAGACUCAGCAAUCGAUAUACUGCUAACACAACACACACACACACACACAGCGCGCGCGCACACACACACACACACACAGUCGCGCGUGCAAAUUCCUUCGUAAAUGUGCCUUGUUUUUGUGCUAAACUAGGAAAAUAUGUGUCCACUAAAUAUUAUUACACACAAUUCAAAUAUUUAAUUAUAGUCAUUAUACUGCAAAUCAUCGACGAUUUGUUCGUGAGGUUAAAUUAUUGUGUAACCCACCCAAACUGUUUUUCAUUUAUUUACUGGAAUAAUACAAUAACACCCACAGUGCGGUAAUUUGUUAUUAUCUGUUUUUAUUUUAAUAACAGCGGGAAAUGUGGUCCCGUUUGUGGUGCAGGAAUAAUUACUUCAGUCUUUGGUGUAUACAGAUGUGUGUACAAAACGACUCGCACGCUGGAAAAAAUGUAGCUCGGGGUAAGAGGAACAUUUCACUUUUGGGAAUGCAAACUAUGAAGCUGCGAGACGAGGCAAGCUGAGGGAGAAUGAGAAUUUACUGUUGAACUCUGCGUUCCCUCUUCCCUCACUAAGAUGGCGCCUGCUGUUGACCUCCUCCUUUGUACUCCCUCCACCUCCGUCUCCCCCUCUCUCCUCCCCCCUUCUUCCUCCAGCACUGGGCCAUAAAUCCGUUGUUGUUUAUGAAAAUUUACAACAUGGCAAUCCGGCUUUACGAGCCACCUCGGGCUCCCAUUGGCUGCAUCUCGUCACGUGGUCAGGCGCAGUGAACAUGAACUUUUUAUAUAUAAUUUCCAAUCGAGGAAUAGAGCAGCCUUUCAUUAAACCGGCUCCCGCUCCUACACGGAUGUUUUCAUCGCGGUGGCUCUCUGCAACCUCAACCACUCACAUGUCCUUUCCCCCCCCCCCCCCCCCCCACUUUGGAGGAUUUGAUGCCACAGAAGCGUCCUUUCAGACGUGACGGGAUGCUUUUGGCAAGAUGUGUGGAAAGAGUCCCGGUGUGUCACUGCCCCCUCCUCGCGGGAUCCCCUCUCAAGUCUUGUGUCAUGGGACCCAACACAAUAGCUCUUUGAGGAGUGUCUUGACCAGAACACUGCGCCCACUUGAGCUCAGUGGACCGGACGGGAGCCGACCGGACCUGAUCGGACCUGCUGUGCAUGCAAGCAUGGCCGGGAUGAGGAGCUCCUCUCCGGAGGCCUUGUUGAUGCCGACAGGGUGUCUCGGUGAAGAUUUGGAGCAUCUUGGAGGAAAUUGUUGAAGGAAAUUGACUCGCCUCCACGAUGGACAGGCAGCAGCGCGGACUGCACGUGAUCCCUGAUGGCCAGCAACAAGGGCGUGCGUCACAUCUCCUCUGCUCCACACUGACCGUCAUGGCUUAAAUCCGGCCCCAUAAAGCCACCUCGCGCGCGCAACUACUCCGGUUCACCCGAGGAGGCCAUUGGCGGAGAGGCGUCACGUGACCACGGGGUGCCAAUGUUCUUCUACAAGGGUGUCAAGACCCUGUCACUUUGUGAAAUAAAUAUUGGGAAACGGCGAGAUGCAAAAGGCAACCUACUACGACAGCUCGGCAAUUUACAGUGGCUACCCGUAUCAAAGCGCAAAUGGCUUCAGUUAUGAUGCCAAUCAGGUCCAAUAUCCCCGCGCCUCUCAUGUGGAAAGUGACUACCAUCGACCCGCCUGCUCCUUGCAGUCUCCUGACGGCUCGGUGGCUCCUCUGCACAAGCCGCUGGAGAUGCAGGCGGAGAGCUGCGACGGCGGCACCGCCGCGCCGUCCAAGGCGCGUCAUCCUGAGGGCAGCCCUCCACCCUCGCGCUCCCCCUCCGAUACCGGCCAGAACAACGGCAGCGCGCAGCCGAGCGCCAAGAGCGGCUCGCCGUCGUCGGGCGCCCGCGGCAAGCAGAUCUUUCCCUGGAUGAAGGAGUCCCGCCAGAACACCAAGCAAAAACCCGCAAAUAGCGCCAGUUCAGUGGAGAGUUGCCCGGGAGACAAGAGUCCUCCUGGGUCGGCCGCCUCCAAGAGGGCCAGGACGGCUUACACCAGCGCCCAGCUCGUGGAGCUGGAGAAGGAGUUCCACUUUAACCGCUACCUUUGCAGACCUCGGAGAGUGGAGAUGGCCAACCUGCUCAACCUGACAGAAAGACAGAUCAAAAUCUGGUUCCAGAACCGCAGGAUGAAAUACAAGAAGGAUCAGAAGGGUGUGGGGAUGAUGCCUUCCCCUGGGGGGCAGUCCCCUCGCAGUCCAGUGGGCCCCCCUUCCGGUGGAGGAUACCUCAGCUCUAUGCAUUCGCUCGUAAACAGUGUUCCUUAUGAGUCCCAGUCACCGACGUCGUACAAUAAGAAUCAUCAAAACGCGUACGCCAUGGCCACGUCAUACCCCCCCUCCGGUCUGAACAACUCCCACAAGAGGUAUCCCGACUCGGCCACGCCCGAAUAUGACGCGCACCCCCUGCAGGGGGGCAACUACGGCACGCACAUGCAAGGUAGCCCCGUUUAUGGUGGUUACGUGGAACCCAUGGCCAACUCCGGGGCUUCCGUUUUUGGGCUCACGCACCUCCCGCACCCGCCGUCCUCCAACAUGGACUACAAUGGAGCAAUCACGAUGGGGAACAGUCAGCACCACGGCGUGUGCGAUCCCACGCCCACGUACACAGACCUUACACCGCAAUACUCUCAGGGAAGAAUCCAGGAGGCGCCCAAACUGACUCAUCUGUAGCGGUGCGCGGCGCAGUCUGUAUCACUCCGCCCAUUGUCUAGAAGCCACCUCCGGACCGCAUCACCGUCUUUUCUUUGUGUGCGUGCACACUGCGUCUACCAUUUCAAACUCGCGCUCUCUUUUUCCCCCUCUAGGUUUCUUUUAGUUUGAUGAUGUGUGAAGUAGCGUAUAGGAUAAAUAAUCUUUUUUUUUUUUUUUUUUUAAAGACAUUUCGGAGGGCUCGAGGAGAACGUCGAGAGCCAAUGCCUAUUUAAUCUAUUUUUAAAUGUUUUUUUCAAAUUCAAACAGGGUAUUAUGAAACAUGUUAUUCGUUUUUUUUUUUAAAUGUGAGCUUAUUUAUCCGCAUUUGCAGUUUUUUUUUUAAAUGCAUUUUAUUGCACUUGUGAAAGGAUCCAUAUGGCAUACGUGAAAGAAAUGCAUUUGUCAGAAAUAAGGGUAUACGAGGUUAGGAUGCAACCCUUUUUGCUUGAUUUGUUCUAUUUGGAAAUUCUCAUGUUAUUUAUUUUUGUUUAGUGUUAAAAGUAGUCCUGGUAUUAUUUGACACCCUAGCGAGAAGCUCACUGGGUUCACCCCGCCCCCCACCCCCAAACUCCCGUUUUCAACUUAUCUCCACUUCCACCCUUCUUCUUCGAUUAAAUAUUUUGUGUUUAUUAAUUUUCCUACAGAAUGUCAAAUCAAUCAGUCGACGCAAUAAGGGUGGAAGGAAGGAUACACUUUAGUCGUUUCGUUAUUGAACAGAUAAAAGACGACAAACCCUUUCCAUACAUUCCAUGCUGCUCCAGUUCGAAGAAGUAAAUAAAACAAUAGAAAUACAAUCAAA